UUGAAAUGCCCUACGUGCGGGAAAAAUUACAAGAGACGAGCCUGGUACAUUAAACACCUAAAAACACAUAAUGGUGUUGAAGCGCGACAAUCGUUGGUACGUUCUUCAAUUAUCACUUCGGAUAGAGUUGACCCUCACGUAUCCCAUGGUGAACCAUUAACUGGAAACCACCAGGAGUCCAUUAACAUCCGGACACGUCUUAGCAUUCCUAACAUGAAACAAUCGACUUGGAAAGUUCACGACGACAAUUUAGCGGUCCUGUUAGAGCAUCCGGGCUCGAAACAGGAAUUGAACUCGCAGGUAGAAACUUUCCAAAAUACCGUUUAUGACUACUUCAACGAGCAAUAUCCACCACGUAAUCAUUACGCUCGCAAAAAUAAAGAAAAUUCGUUCAAGAUAAAAAUGAGGAAGAAAAAACGGGAAUUAAUAAAAAAUCUACGUAUAGCCAAAGCUCUAGGCGACAACCACCUUAGUCAUCAGCUAGCUAGGGCGUUAAGGUCAAUCCUUAAAUUAAUUCAAGGAAUAUCGGCACAAACUGCAGGAUAUCGCGGUAAUUUUGACCGGGCCAAACAGGAAGUAGAUUUUGAUAAAAACCCUUUUGAGUAUUCGAAAACCAUUUUUAAGAAAGAACGCGGACAGCUUCUCUUGACCAACGAUCAAAUUUACGACCAUUUCAAGAGCACAUACGAAGUGCCUAAAAGUGUAAGGCUCUAUACGGAUCCAAACGAACAAAAACCGGAAAUUCCUCAUAUCGAUUUUCACGGCAUACCACCAACGUUAGACGAAAUAAGUAGUCACAUAAAGAGGAAAUCAUCUAAAUCUGUACCGGGCCCCGAUGGUAUCCCAUAUAUAGUCUUUAAAAAAUGUCCAUCGGUUCGUAAACACCUCAUAAAUAUAUACGGCAAAAUCUGGUCAAGGAAGCAAAUCCCGGAGUGUUUCGGGAAAGCAAUUUUUGUCCUCAUUCCCAAAAAAGAUCGAGUUACCGAUCCGAAGGAUACUAGACCGAUAGCCUUAACAAAUACAAUUUCUAAAAUCUUUUUCUCGGUCCUACAAACGAGAAUGACGCGAUUCAUGCUCAGCAACAAGUAUUUUAGGCCAAAUCACCAGAAAGGGUUUCUACCCGGGAUUUCUGGAUGCCUAGAACACAACACCUUGCUGUCGGAGAGUUUGAAAGAUGCUAGAAAAAGCGAGCGGCAAAUUACAGUUUGUUGGAUAGACUUAGAGAACGCGUUCGGGUCGAUACAACACGAGUUGAUGCUAUUCGCGCUUAGAUGGUACAACUUUCCACCCCUAGUUAGAGAUAUGAUCGCGUCGUAUUACUCAAAAUUAAGGUUUUCUAUAAUAACUAAAGAAGGCCCUUCAAAAAGUUUGAGUUAUAAUGUAGGACUGUUUCAAGGUUGUUGUCUAUCUCCAAUUACGUUUAAUAUCGUUAUUAACAUCUUAGUGGACAAAUUAAUCUGUAACGAGAAAAAAUGGGGUUAUCGGUUUAAGUUUAAUAAUAAAUACACGGAAUCCAUUUUAGCCUUCGCUGACGAUCUCGCAAUACUGACACGUCACCCCAAACACUGUCAAGUACUAUUGGAUGAAGUGGAUAAAUUCUGUGAGUGGACGGAUGGAUUGAGGACAAAACCAAGUAAAUGUCACUGUUUGUGUCUUGGUAGGCGGAAUACAAGAUACACCUCAUACGAUCCGGGACUAUCGAUAGGCGGUCAAUGCGUUUCUACGGUUACGGAAGAUGCACCAUUCAAGUUUCUCGGUCGUAAGAUUGAUAAUAUAGGUCGUACUCCAUCUUUAGAAGGAAUAGUAGAUAGCUUUUUAAAUGAUCUUAACAAGGUAGAUAGCCAGCAGAUCAGUAACGUAAAAAAAAGCAUGGAUCUACGAUAA